AUGCAGAUCUCAAUACGUAGAAGUCGUUUUGUCUGUCAAGAGCAGCUCCCAAAAAUCAAUAAUCAGAAACAAACACUUUCUCCUUUUCAGAAUUUCUUCUCUAUAUUCAUUCUUUUCUGUCUUUCUCUCUAUUUCUCUCUCUCUUUCUUUCUUUCUUUCAUUUUAAACUUUUUUUCACUUUCCUUUUUCUUUUCCUUCUCUCUUUCAUCAUGUCUAUUUCUUCUCUCUUCCCCCCCUCUGUCAUUCCAUGUUUUCUUUCUUUCUUUCUUUCUUUCUUUCUUUCUUUCUUUCUUUCUUUCUUUCUUUCUUUCACUUUACAAUAUUUCUGGUUUAAUGAUUCUUUCCCUCUUUCAUUGCUCUCUCUUUCUCAAAUAUCAUUAUCAAAUCUUUAUUUUUUUCUUCAUUAUUUCUAACUCAUUUUGGACAUAUUUCUUUCUUUUCUUGACAGGUUUUUCUUCCUUCCACACUUAUCUUUCUCUCUCUUCUUCUCCAUUUGAUUUGAAUUUAACUUUUCUCUUUCUUUUCUAUACAAUUCUUACCUUUCAUCAUCUCUCUCUUUUUUUCUCUUUCUUUCCUCUCACUUUGACACUAAUUUUCCUCCUCUAUUUGUAUGUAAGCCUUUCUCUGGAACUUUUACCUUUCUCUCUCUCUCACUGA